AUGUCGAAACGCUUUUCAGCUCAAGACCAGACAUGGUAUACGCCUUUAUCAGUCCAAACAACCCGGAAAUUCAAGCAAGCCCAUAUUACGUUACGAUCCACGAUGCAUUUCCCCGUCCACCGACCACCCGCGUAUGAUCCUCCGCUAAAUAUACUCGCCAUGGACCGUUACAUUGAGAGGCUCAAAUGUCACAUCGUCCAAGCCGACGAUAUUAUUAUCUGGGGAGCAUCACAGGACAUUUUCACCUAUACACUUCAAGACGACGAAAUAGCGGUCUGGAUCUUACUGCUCUCUUCAGCGACUAAGAAGAUUCUUCCCUUUCUUCGUCGGAGGAAUGAAUGGCACGAACACCAGGGCUACGUGUGUGCUGAUGUCGUAUUGGAAAGGGCCGAUUUGGAGAAAUUCAAUUGUUUAGAUGACAGCAUUAUCGAAGCAGCUAUGGCUGACUAA